AUGUUUCACAGUGCAUCUCAAGCAGCAACCAAAGUGCUAUUACCGGACUGCCGGAAGGAUUUACCCUGCAGAAUAUUACAGAUUUAAAUGGCAAUAAUGUAUCAUCAUCUGAUGUUUCUGGUGGUACAACAUAUAACUUCUGUUAUGGAAACUCCUCAGAAUCCUGCUGUGUUAAUAUUACGACAG